UUAUCCCUACUUCUGAACCAUCACCAAUAUAUUCAAAUAAUGCCAAAACCGAUGAAGAAAAAUUGUACUCUCCUGAAUAUGAUCAUCCGACUGAAGAUCCUUCAACAUCUGCUAAUACGUCUCCACCUCCUUCAAGUUCACAACCACCACCUCCUGAAGAUGCUG